AUGGACUCUACGCCACCUCAUUUGAAGCCACCAGGGCUGGAAGCAGAGCUGCCUGCUCCCACGUGGGCGGCACCAAGAGAAGAUACACUCUUGCCUUUGGGACAUGAGAAAGUCAACGCACGCCAUAGCUUUGGUAGUAGGCUAGACCCUCAGCAGCCGGAAUUGUCGUCUGCUUCAAAGGUCUCUAGUCCUGGAGCAUCUGGCAGCCCGCUCGGCCUCGGUCAGCAAUUUCGACCACCAUCCAAGAUAAGUCACUCGAGCAGCUCAGCGUCGCAGCAGAGCUCGACUGGACCUCUGCCUGUGCGGUAUGAUGAGGUUCCGGCUUGGAAUGAAGGUCAACGCCAAGGUCGAGAAGUUCAAGAUGUCAACACCCCUGCAGAGCGCCAUCUUCACCGCGACCACUCGCACGCAAAUCCUCACAUGUCCCAUCAAGUGGAUCUUGGGGGCUCUGUUGGUGGAUUUCAGGCGCCUCAUCUCGACAGAAGGCACUCCGGUGCCACACACGACUGGCAGCGACAGUAUCCGACAGCCUCGCACCGAGAAUACGCUCAAGUCGAUAAUCAGCAACCGACGCACGAAGAUAAGGUAUCGUCUUCGGAUUCGCGCGCGUGGGGUUCAGCACACCACUCUUCCACUGCAGCGUCCUCGUUCGGCUUCGCAGGUUAUGACGGAGCUGCUCAAGGGCCGUGGUUUGGCCCAACCUCGUCGAUGAGGAGCGGAGAGCUGGAACCUGGAUCACAUCCGUAAGUGGGAUAAUGUGGACGCGAACGGGACGGCCUACUGAUCCGCACUACCCUCGAACAUCUGAACAGGGAUGGACUACGUCCUCAUGCCUGGUUGCAAUCAGGGACAGUGGCAGAGCCCGCCGCGCCAUUUCCAAGCUCUCAUUCUGCUGGUUGGACCGCUUCAAGAGCGGAGCGCUAUGCAUUUCCGACGCCACAAAGUCCUUCGACAAUCACUGCGCAGCGUGCAGCUAACCCGAGCUUCCAGGCACAGACGCGGCCUUUGAGCGAAGUUGCCGCAGUCGGCGGCGAAACGGAAUUUAGUAUCUUCGUGGGUGAUCUCAGUGAGUGCAAUCACUGCAAGUCACGUCUUCCCAUUGCCCGGGCUUCGCUGAAGAGGGCCAGGAUGCCUUGCAGGCCCACACGUGCGAGAGGAAGAUCUGGUGUCUUCUUUCUUGAGCCCACCGGUGUACCCACCGAGUCAUCCUAUCUCCAUUGCCAGAGCACAUGCCCAGCAAGCUCGGGGCGACUACAGUCCGCCUCUCCGGUGGGGCCCCGCACCUUUCAGGAGCACCAAGUCUGCCAAGGUGAGAGGUGUCUUCUGAGCCUUCAUGUCCGGGAGAUGUUGCUGAGACUCCUCUUGAUGCUGCAGAUCAUGACGGACCCGAGCACCGGAGCAUCUCGAGGCUUUGGCUUUGUUCGAUUUGUGGACGGGGAGGACUGCAGUCGCGCGCUCACAGAGAUGCAAGGCGUGGUCAUUACUCCGGCAAAUGGCCGGGGCCCAGGUCGACCACUGCGGGUAUGCACGGCCACACCCAAGAAUCGCAAUUCGAGCGGGGCAGGCGCGCCUCUUACAGCACCAUCGAGCGCAGUGGACGGGCUAAGAUCAGGUGGACCACCGGAAGCGUACGCCAAUGCGCAAUCAGCGUAUCCGACUGCUGGGAGACCUGUGCCGCCGGGACCAGGCCCAUCCCAAAUUUACGCGUUAGGGGUUGAUGCGUCCUUCUAUGCUGGACACCAAGAUGGCAUGUUCGCUCCGCCAGGCAGCGCAGCCCGCGUCGGGGACGAGUACGGAGCAGCUGCUGGUUACGGAGUUCAGUCAUCACCCCCUUUCUCAGGCUCACGUAGCGAGGUCACGGUGUCUACACUGCCUCCACCGACCAUGUCAGCAAAGUUCGAGCCGGUGUUAGAGAUGCCUAGCAUGGGAGGAACCGAUAGCGCGAUGGACCCAAAUAAUACGACUGUCUUCGUCGGUGGGCUGUCGAGCCUGAUAUCCGAGGAGACGCUCAAGACGUUCUUCGUACCAUUUGGGGAGAUUACCUACGUCAAGAUCCCUCCUGGCAAAGGUUGCGGUUUCGUUCAAUUUGUCAACAAAGGGGAUGCUCAAAGAGCAAUUGAGCGAAUGCAGGGUUUUCCGAUUGGCGGAGGUCGUAUUCGAUUGAGUUGGGGCCGAAGUCAAGGUGAUAAAGCUGCAGCCGCUGCUGCAAAUGCUGCAUCACAGGCUGCCCAAAUCGGACAACUGGCAAAUUUGAGCGGCCUAGGGAGCUUGAAUGCGCAGCAGCUCACACAAUUGGCAGGCCUUAGCUCCGCACUGAGCGCUGUACAGAACGCUCGCCCACCAGCGGCCCCUUCUGCGUCCACGCCAGCAGCGUCAUCGACGUCUGACUUAAUACGUCACCUGUCAGCUUUGUCAGAAGCCGCAGCCCAAGGCAAUAACAACUCAGCUGGCCACGGAGCUAUUUCCACCUUUGGCGCAGCGCCACCACCACCCAUCGGCACUGGCUUCAGCUCCCACUCUAGCCUUCCGCUGCCAUCAGGCGCGAGCAGCUACAAUGAGCAAAACGCUUCCAUACCCGGCGUCUCCUCGAGCUCCGACUUUUUGCAGCAAAGGCCGCGCAAAGAUUUUCAAGCGCAAGGGGGACAGCGUUCGGGGAUCAACCCUGCUGAGGUGCAGCAUCACUUGGAGGCCUUGCUUCAGUCGCUCGGGCGAGGCGCAUCAAGUCCAACUACUGCUCAACAGAGUGCAAGUGAGCUCACUGAUCGCUUUGCUUCCUUUGGCAUUCGCGCUCCAAGUACGGCCCAAACCGGGGUGUCGUACCCCGUCGACAGUACCGAGCGCGUGCGUAGCCAGACGUACGACACCACUCACUACUCUGUGCAGCAACCGCAACCGCAGCCUCCACCUCUGCCCCUCUCCGCGAGGCCUCAAUCACAGCCUUGGAAUCAACCAGGUAGCACACCUCGAUCAGCGUUACCUGCUUAUCUGCGCCCUUCCGAAGCUGCAGAGACGUGGUCCAGGCCUGACAUGUUCUCCCCCUUCUCGCCCGCCUCUUCGCCGAAGCCGAGACGCGACGCUUCGUCUGAGCUUGAGCGCACACCGUGA